CAUGUUUGACCUGAACGACUCUGAGUUGUAGACUCAUUCAAACAUUCAGCUAACCCCGAUCACUCAGCCGUGAUAAGUUGUGGGAAUGACUGAGAGGUUGGCGGUGUAGUGCAGUGUAAGUCAGUGAAAAUGACAUUUUACAUGGAUUUUUUUUUACCGGGAAUUGUAGAGAAUGAUUAAAUAUGAGCAAUGUAAAAGUAGCUGUCCGUGUUCGCCCACUUAGUCAACGAGAAAAGGAUGGCAAUAGCAAAUCAAUUGUGGAGGUUCACGGGGACAGUCUCAGUAUCCUCAAUGCGAAGGUGGAUCAAUCCACAGAAUACGGUGACAGUAGAGAAAGAAUCAAACAUUUCACAUUCGACUACUGCUAUGAUUCGAGCGGAGCACCUCAAACCCCUGGAUACGCCUCACAGCAACUGGUGUUUCAAGACCUGGGGACAGAGGUUCUGCAGGCUGCUUUUGAGGGUUACAAUGCCUGCCUGUUUGCUUAUGGUCAGACAUCAACCGGAAAAACAUACACAAUGAUGGGGCCUCAGGAGGACUUCGGAAUUAUUCCAAGAAUAUGUGAGGGGUUGUUUAGCCAUGUAGAUGAUUGUCUGAGUGAAAAUGUCACCUUCAGAGUCGAUAUCAGUUAUCUUGAGAUAUAUAAUGAGAGAGUGAAGGAUUUGCUGAGGCCUUCAUUGUCAAAAUCCAAGGAGAAAUUCACACUCAAAGUCCGAGAACACCCUAAAGAGGGACCCUAUGUUCAAGAUUUAUCCUCCCAUUAUGUCAAGGACAAUAUGGAAAUCCAGGAACUUUUGGACAGAGGCAAUGAAAGCAGGACCACUGCCUCGACCUACAUGCAUGACCGUAGUAGUAGGAGUCAUGCUAUAGUGACCAUUAGCUUCACUCAGGCUAGAUUAGAAGAUGAUUUACCCCAUGAAAUAGUUAGCAAAAUUCACCUCGUUGACUUGGCCGGCAGUGAAAGAGCUGACCCAAAUUUUAGUGAACAUUAUAAAGGCAGAUUAAAGGAAGGUGCAAAUAUCAAUCGAUCUUUAGUCACCUUAGGCAACGUCAUUAAGGCCUUGGCUGAACGCUCUCUCCUAUCAUGGAGUGCUGACAAUCUGGGUUCUACCCAGAGCUUUCUGAGUGCUGCUGACACCAGCCCCAAACGUCUGCGUCUUCCUUACAUACCCUACAGAGAUUCUGUGUUAACCUGGCUUCUCAAAGACAGCCUUGGUGGAAAUUCUAAGACAAUCAUGAUUGCCACAAUUACCCCUGCAAACAUAUACUACAGUGAAACAAUUAGCACUCUACGAUACGCUCAGCGAGCCAAAAGCAUCAUUAACAAGCCUAAAAUCAACGAGGAUUGUCCGCCCUUUGUUUUAUAUGAUCCUAAUGUGACCUUGAUCCGAGAGCUGAGACAGGAAAUAUGGAGACUCAGAGAUCUACUCAAGUCUGCUCAAAUGGGUAGUUCCCAGAUGUCUGAUAUAAACUUACUCAUUCAAAUGCAUGACAAGAUGACCGAGAUACAUGAGAAUAACCCACAACAGGUGACUUCUGCAGCUGGAUCAGCCCUUGCGGAAAAGUUACUGGACCAUGAAAAUAUGGCCAAGAAGUUGACCCAGACCUGGCGAGACAAGUGGACAGAAACUCAUGACAUCAUCAAAGAGUCGGAUUUGAGUAUCCGUGGAUUAAAACACUCAAGUUCGAUGGGAGUCAUGAUUGAGUCACAGAUGCCUCACUUGGUGGGAAUGGAUGAUGAUGUGCUCAGUACUGGAGUCACUAUAUAUCACCUCAAGGAGGGUAAGACUUUGGUUGGUAGAGAGGAUGCAGACAGACCACAAGACAUAGUUUUACGGGGACCAGCUGUGAAACAAGAGCAUUGUUUCUUUAAGACGUCCUACAGCACGGUGACAUUACAUCCAAAUCGCGGGGCCCAGUGUGCUGUUAAUGGUAUGGAGUGCAAGGACUCUAUGAUCCUAAAGCAAGGUGACUAUGUGUUGCUGGGAAAAACAAACAUGUUUCGCUUCAAUAACCCUGCUGAGGCUGCCAAGUUACGGGAAAGGCGACAGAGUCUUAACAGUUCCCGGGAUGAACUAUCACAUGAGGGGAGUCUGGAGAGUUUGGAUGUGGAGGAGAGUGACCCCUACUCCUACUACAACAGAAGGCCCUUCCACCCACUGUACGGCCCAAACUAUGCCUCUCCCGAGAUAUGCCUACAGUUAGAACGACAGUACAGGAACGAGUCAGAGAGGAUCAAUCAGGCAAAGAAAGAGCUGGAGCAGCUCAGGGAUGACCACCAGAAGGCGGAGGAGAUGAGACGUGAGAGGGAGGAAGAACUAUGGAAUACUCAUGAGGAGCACCGGGCCGAGAUACAGCAAGAUCUGGAGAAAGUAGCCAGGAUGAAGGAGGAGACUCAAGCUCAGAAAGAUAAAGCUGAGGCUGAGAUUGAGUAUGCUCGUGAGUGUCUGCAGAAGGAGAGAGAGGCAUUUUAUAAGAAACUAGAAGAAGAACUAAAGAAUCUCCAGAAGUCAGGAGGUGUGUCAGAAGUGUUGACCCAGACAGAUCUCGAGACUGCUGGACACAUUAAGGAAGCCAUUAUGAGUAGAAAGCAGUCAGGCUGGGGGAGGGUGAAGGAUCUCCUUCACGGGGAACUGAUGUCGAGGCUUCAACACCAGGAGACUGAGGAACGCCUGAGGAGACAGUCGGAAGACCUGGAGGAGCAGUUUGUAUUGUCACAGCGAGACAUUCAGCUGCAGAUUGGGAAGAUCAAAGAGACAAAGGAGGAGUAUAAAACAGAAGAUGCUGUCCACUAUCAAGAGAUCAGCAACAAGAUGAGAGAGAUUGAGGAUCUAAGCCAACGAGAAGAGCAGUUAGAGCUGUAUAUUGAAGAGAAGCAGGAUUUGUUAAUGGUAGGAGUGCACCAGCCUCAUCCUCUCCGCACAGCCUGCAGUGAGGAAGUCCUCACCGUCCUUCAUCCCACAGACGCAGGCUUCCCCACCAGGACAUCAAGUCUCAUGGCCUUACCCAGAGGAAGUGAGGGAGACCUACCCUCCUGCUCAAAUAGACUCUCCAUGUUGUCAUGUGAUCAAUCAAUGGAACAGUCCAGUAAUUCUCUGUUUGAGGGAAGUGAAGCCAGUUUGGAUGUAUCCUCUAGUGUAGAUGAAGGAAGUGGUGGAGAUAAAAGAAAAACUCACACAAAAAAUGAGAAACUAGUGGACGCAGCAAAAAAUGUCACCAGCAGAUUGUACAAAGCUCCAGAACCAAAGUUUAAGUAUCAACCCAAAACAAAACAGUUACCAAGAAGUUCAGGGAGUACAUUUGACACAGGUGUGAGGGUUAGGGACAGGAGAUCCCCCAUUUCACCGAUCAGAGAGUCCCCUGCCAGGAGCAUAUCACCAAGAGUGUCUCCAGGCCGACAGAAGUCCGAGUCACCAAGGUCAACUCCAUCUCCCAGGCAAACUCCAGACAGACAGUUACAUGGAAAGUCGUCUACAGAGAGCAAGACAAGCAAGAAACCUGGCACAAAGGAAAAUGAUCCGAGGCCUAGGAGUGACAAAACAAGUAGUGAAAAAACAAAGACUGCCAAGAAGCCCAGUUUGUCAGGAAAGUUUGAUGGUGCACUUCACAAAACUUCAGGGACCAAAAAAGAUGAUCUUGAGAAAAAGCAUUUAUCACCGAGGGAUUUGAGUGAUAUCAGAAACAGGAGGCAAUCUCCAACUGGUAGUCAUGGUGAUAUUAGUGACAAAAGGUUGACUUCCUCUGGUAGGCAGAGGGAUUCUGAUAACAGUAGACUUAGUCCCAACUUCGAUGGUGGAGGUCGAAAACUAGUGACAAGGUUACGCCAUAUAUCCAGUGCUUCCUCUCUAGCAAAUGUUCCAGAAGCAAUUGCAGAGGAAGUGGAACCAGCUGAGCCAGAACAGAAGAGCACUAGUCAAGUAGUAGUGAAGAGGAGAAAGAAACGGGUCCAGAUUGAGGGAGAUGAAUUCAGAAGACACUCUGAACCCCUGGGAGAGGAGCUAGCAGAGGCAUUUGAUAAGUAUACACAAGAUUUUGAACAAAUGGAGUGGCAGAGAACAGGCAACAUGAGAAUGCAAGGGAGAGAAAAUGUUUUAAACUGGAAUGCUGAAUAUCCUCAAAAUAUGCCUGACAGUAUUCCAGGAUCAACAUCUGAUGGUGGACAGCAGGGAGGUGGAGGUGUCGAUUCUGAAAGUGGCAUUCAAAAAGAAAUGUUACCCACAAUACAUGUUGAAGAAUAUAAUCAUCUUGAUGUCAACAGACAUAGUCGAGAGCCCAGUGUGUAUUCAGAGACAGGGUCUACAGUGUCUGAUCCAUCGACUGUGGUGGAAACUGAGAUUGAUGAGUCUGACAGAGUUGUAUUCAUGGAAGGGGUAGAGACAUUGUCAGAUGAUGAAAAUCGAGUGUUAGAAUCUUCAAAGUUUGGAUCUAAGAGAGAUCAUGAUGUAGUUUAUGAGAAUGCAGACUUUGUGCCUGUAAAAGUUGCACGGACUGAGAGUGAUAUUAAUUUUGACAAUCAAAACAACCUGACUACCUCACAAUUUCCUGAGGGUCAGACUUGUGUUCCUCCAGACUCUGUGUCAGUGUCGUCUGAUUCGCUGGAUGACAGUAAAUCCGUAGAUUCUCUGGAAUGUCCAAGACAAAGAAUGGAAAAUGUUGAUGACGAAGACAGCCUAGAUGAUUCUUUAGAUGAAUCAGACCUACAGAAAAGUGAUACGCUGACUUCUCAGACCAGUCUAAAACUUCUCACUGACAGUACUUCCACUGAACUUUUGACCUCUUGUGAUGGGCUUGACCACUCAAAGAAUCUUGAGUCCCCAAUAAGAAGUGAUUUUGACAGUUCUCUUUCACAAUACACAACAGAAACUAGUGACCUGUCAGUUUUACCAGGAAUGAAUGGGUCUGUAGAGUCUCACGAAACAAAAUUAGCAUGUGUAAACGUCUCGUGUCAGAAAAAGGAAGAACAUCAACCAUCUGAGAAUGUGGACUCAUCUUCCAGGAGAAAUGAGAAAACCCAGGAAGCCUCUCUAGCAGAGCAAGAUUUACAUACCUUAACAAAAAUAACAGAAGUAAAAACUUCAGCUGUAACUGACAGUAUACAUUAUUCACAGCAGCCGAUUAACUUACCUAUCACAUCCCCUUCAAAUCACAAUACUUCUCCUUCAGCAUCAGAAACAAGUGCCCCAACCAUCCCCACUGAAGAUAUUCCCCAUUUAUCAUUUACAGAAGACCAUGUUUUAUCAUCUGGAACAGAAGUGGGAGUUCCAUCAUCACAAGCUACUGUUCAAGAUAAAGAUUCAGAUUCUGUGAACUCAGAGGAUUCCAUAGAAGGAAAACCAAAGAAGCUUAAUCAGAGGGAACAAGGAACAACGUCAUCGUUCACAACCGCUGAACCAUCAGUGAUAGAAUCUGACCAUAUCAGAACAGUGCAAGCAAGCCCUGUCCACCAGACCACAGAAACAGAUGAACAGGGAAAAAUGACUGAAAGUUCUUCAAUUCAGGAAACAAAUGACAACCAGCUUGAUUCAAAAAGCAAAAACAUUCCCAUCGAUCAUAUCCAAACCUCUAUCAAAGAGGAGGACAAGGUACUGGCAGGAGAUGUGUCAACUUCUGUUGAGAAAAAUGAGAAUAAAAGUGAUUCUAAUUUGAAACAAAGUGGUAAAGACUCGAACAAACGAGACACAGCUGACAAAUCGUGUGACGGCAUUGUAGUGGAACUAACAGACACAGCUUCUCAAGUAAACAUUUCGGAUCCUUCAGACAAGGAGGAUGUAACAUCAAGCAUGUCCACACAGAUAGACUUUAUGUUUCCUCCAAGCAUUGACGACACACAGGAAGUCAGCAUGGAAUUGAAGCCGGCAUCAACACAAAUUUCUUCCUCUGUGGAUGAAUUAUGUGGACCAGAAAAUGAGAAGCUAUUAUCGAUAGUUGGGAUGGACACAGAGGAGGAAUUUAGGCAGACUGUGGGGGUGUGUACCAGCCCCUCCCUUCUCUGCUCCCUGGAGGAUGGCCACAGUUGUUCUAAUGACAGCCUACAGGAAGUUAAGGAGCAGCUGCAGGAGUUACAAGAAGUCCUAGAGGGCCACAUAGGAAUGCCACCCAGGGGAGUGUACCAGGUCUCGCCCCAGUUAUCAUCUGCUCGGAGAGCAAUCCGACAACGAGCCAUGAUCCAGAGGAACGGUCGUCUGGAGAGCGGGGAAUCUGACGGCACAGAUCACUUUGCAGAAACUGCAGAAUUAGCGGCAGGUUCCCAGUCAAAGUCUUGCUCAAGACCAACAUCAGGAUCUCGACGGCGAAGACGAACUCAACUCAAACCAUACAAGAAGUCUGGGAAGUGUCCCUACUGUCACAGCUCAGAGGAAUAUCAACUGACCACAGAGAGCGAAAGCCUCAACUCUGACACAGCUGACAUCAGCAAAGGGGAGGAGUUGAGUCAGCCUGACCAAUCAACACAGGACAUAGAAAAUUCCCUCACUGAAACAGCAGAGAGAAUAUUGGAUGAAGAAGAUGCAGUAGAAAAAAGUGAAAAUGGCAAUUCAGACCAAAAAUGUUGUAACAAAAAUCAUUUAGAAAACUUUGAAAAUGCUGAUGUUAAUAAAUCUCUUCCAAGAAGUGGUUCUCUAAGCAGCUUGAAUUCAGAAGUAGAACAGUACUGUUCCGUCUUAAGAGAAAUAGAUGACAGGGAGCAAAGUAUUACAGAAGACAGCAAACAGACAAACAUGAUGACAAGUCUGACAGCAGGUGAUGGGACUGCCCAUCGUCCACAAAAACUUCGCAGUGACAUGAACUCUGCGGAUUCCUCAUAUGGAUCAGUCAGUAAAUCAGGGUCAAGGGCCGCCUCCGAGACAAGGGACAGUGAGCAGCAGACGGAUCUCUCUUCUCUAGAUACACCUUUAAUGUCUCCAUCGUCCUCUCUCCAUUCUUCACUCCGUUCUCCACGACUUGGGAUCCACCAGCUGAACAUAUCCCCAGUCAGUGUGUGGAGUUCAGAUAAGAGUUCCUCGUCCCCCAGGAAAUCUCGCGCCUCUGGAGGACUCAAUACACCAACUGGGAGGAGGACCCCAAGAAAACACAAAGAAUCCAAGUUGGAAAUGGCCUACACCGAUGUGUGGUCAACAGAGACAAUGGACCCUAAUUCUCCUCCUUCUGAAAACUGCACAACACAGGAUUCGGAUGUUUCGUCAGAGGAGGAUAAUUGUUACUCGCUGGAGACGGAGACAGUAUCACCUCAAUCUCCAUCUUCCUCGGACAGAUUCUUUGACCAUGGAAGUUUUAUUCUGGAAAGUCCUCCAAGUGGUAGAGCAGUGCCCAUUGAAUCUCCUGUCAGAUAUGAAGUGACUGUGAAAGAAGAGGAGACAAAUGUGUUCUACAAUGUGAACAAAGUGGAGUAUAAAACUUAUGGUUUGAAUUCACCUACUUUGUCAACAACGAUCCCGGAAACUAUUAACAUUAAUGUGACAAAUACAGACACUCACAGGGUGGAAAAUCGUGAUGAGUCGGUGAACCACGAAACAGUUGUGUUCAGUAGACCAGACACUGAGUCGCCAACUCACAUUAUCGUUUCUGAGAGAAAUUUUCAGGGAUUAUCUUCUGUGACCACUGACAAUGGACAUCAUGUAGAAAGUCAGGUUCUGAAUGAAUAUGGAAAUCAGUUUGUGGAUGAGAUGGGCCCUCCACUUACUGUUCAGAUAUCAGAUGAUCCUAGAGGAAUAAAGUCAUUAACUUCUCCCAUAGAAUCAGAUACUACCUCAGACUAUGGGACAAUGAUUGGUGAUGGAAGACGGGGAAACAUAUCAUUUAUGUCUGACUCGGCAGAUGAAAGCACGUCGCCAAGGUCAAAGGUUACAGAUGAAACUCAGCAACCUAACAGAUACAGUGUGGUUGGUGAACAAACAGUUCUGAAUGCAAAUGAAGAAAGCAUAGACAACAUUAGUCCAACAGUACAAGAUAUGUACUCAGUCAGUCCUCCAAUGAAAAGAAUAAGUCGACCACAAUGUUCGGAGACCUCACCUUCCUCAGAAGUUGCCUCAAAUGUUAUUCAGUCUCCUAGUGCCAUGGAUACUCUCAGGAAUCUUAUUGAAAAUCCCAUCAAAGCCACCACAGAUGACACUGAACACUCCGAUGAGUAUGAUCCCACCAGGAACUACUAUGUGGAGGAGAUUUGUGAGGAGGUGCACUCAAGCUCUAGUUCAUCUUACACAACUCCUCAACAGUCACCCCGACUUGAUGAUGGUGAGGAAACCAAACAGGCAGAGGAACCUCAAAAGAUUGCAAAGACCACUGCAAAACUAUUGAUACCAACAGUACUGAAGGACUUGCAAACAGUGUCUGUGAACACAGAUUCUCAGGAACCAAAGGCGAUACCCAGGAAGCAGACAAAAGAUGAUGGCAGUCUUCACAGAGAAUUGAAGAGAGAGCUUCAGCAGAAGUUGGCAAGUUUACAGCGCCGUGUGAGGAGUCAGAGUGACUCGGCUAUAAGUUCGGAUUACCACACGGACGGGGAUUCCACAACCGUGUCGCCCAGAGGUAGUCGUCUUUAUGAGUCUGAUAAAAUUUUGAGAUUUGGAGAACAGCUUGGACCAAUACAUGUGAUGACAAGUCAGACAGCGACCCCACAAAUACCAGCAGAGAUCCUGAAUACACAAAUACCAGCAGAGAUCCUGAAUACAAAAGCACUGGAAAUCGAGAAUAAAAGUGUCAAAAAAUCUCUAUUCAAAGACUCUGGGAAUGUAUUUGAUGAUGAAGAUAGUGGUGAUGUCGCAAAAUCUGAAGAUGACUCUAAGAAAGAAAAUGUUGAACAAGAAAUCAGCGAUGUGAAGGAGAAUAAGGCACAACAGAGGCCAAAUAUUCCAAUUGAGGUAACAUCCUCCUCAGAAGAAUCAGAUUCUGAUGUCAGUUGUGAGCGAUCUCUGUCUCCAGGAGAAAUUCUUAUUAAUGAUUAUGAAGUGCCCAGAAAGCAACAAACUGACCAAGCAGAUGAAGAACCUUAUCACAGAUACAGAAUGAUUAAAGAAAAAUCACCAUCAAUGUCAGAUGUUCCAACAGAUGAGUAUGAAGAAAUCCGAAGAUCUAUGUCUGAAGCCUGCAUGGAUCAGUAUGAAGAAAUGAAGGAUGAGCAUGACAACAGCUCGAAUGACAGCAUUGUAUUCGUGUUUAUGGGUCAAUCGCACAGCAAAGACAGCAUGGAACAACUGAAGUCUUUCACAUCAAAACAACCAGAGUACAAUAUUCUGAGCAGUAAUGAAGUAUUAGAAGACCAGGGCAAUGAGAGUGAUGACGAUAAUAGAAGCUCAAACAAAGACUCUGUCAUACAAAAUGAGGAUGACUUUGAUAGUUGUGAAAAUUGGGAAAGAAGGCCAAGGAGCUACACAGACAAUGAAGAUGACAAACCCCUGAGGCACAAAUAUGGCAUUGAUGAAAAUGUCCUUCCCAUUCCUACUCGCUCAAUGUCUUCUGACAAUUUACCGAAACAAAGUCUGAGUCAGCACCAGAUUCAUAGGUCAAGGUCUGCCAGUUUGCUAGAGGUGAACACCAGGAUAGACAUGGCUGAUGAUUCCAGCAACAAUGAAGGCAUCUUCCCGCCCUGUGUUGAAACAAGCGAGAGGGAGUCACAGAACACAUCGGAUGUCAAGGACACCUCAACUUCAGCGGAGAUCGGGGACAGUGAUUUCUCACUCACAGAACUAGAGACACCUCGAACGGGAGAAAUUUUAUCGGAUGACAUGCAGUACUCUCGAUUCCCUAACCACCAUGAACAUCCAAGUAGCACUCAUCAACACACUGGUUAUAACUCAACAAUGCGGCACAGAGAUGACAACAGACAUAUAGAACCUGUGUCCCAAGGCACGGUGGAGUUUGGAACUCAGACUGAAGCCCCUUUGCCAACACAUGUUAAAGGUAACAGAGUCCUUCCUGGUUUAGAUUCUCCAUACAGAGCAAAGAGCACAGAAGAGUUGACUCGAGCACAUCCAGUAGAACUACACCUCUCUGAGGACACAGAGACUUGGCAAAAUUUAUCUUCUAUUGUCAUAGAGAACAAUGCUCGUCUUCAGAAUUUACAGAACAGAUUGCCAGGAGAGUAUCAAUGCAGAUCUGUUGAGAUUUCCACACAGAGAGAUGACACAACACAAACUACCACCUCACUUCAGGACUUGGAGACCUCCAGCACACAGACCGAUAUCAGCUUUCUAACUCUGGUGUUAUCUGACACUCAGACAACUGACCUCCUACCCAGUGAUCUCACAGAGGUGGAUGGAAAUAUCGUAUCUGAAAAACAGAGACCAGUGAGAGAAUCUGUGGACUAUUUUGAUAGACUGAGUCGUGAGCCAUCACCUGUGAAACAAGAAAUGAAGAAAUCAGGGCCAACGGAAAAUGUGAGUCAGCCAGUGCAAACGAACCCAAGUGAUGAAAUUACAGAAAAGGAAUAUAAACUAGAAACUCAAUAUAGCUCUCCUAACCUAAGUGCUAACAAUAGCGAGAUGGAAAAACUGAAAGAGGAGCAUGAUAAGAUGAUGAAGAAGCUCAAAAUGGCUACAGAGAACAGGAAACAAGUGACAGAAAAGCUCAGGCAAGAGAAGAAGCCCCAGGAUGGAGUUCAUGAAGAAUUUGUUGCUGAAAAGGCGAACCAACAACACAGCUUCCCACCCACAUUGAAUCUUCAGUCUUCAACAUCAGUCAAAAAGACAAAUCAGGAUACAAAAGAGGAUAAAGAUAUUUCAAUAAACGGAAUGAAACAAAAGAAUGCAUCCACCAACCAAAAUGAUGGAUUGACAAUGCCUGGUAACAUUGAGACAGUGGAGGAUGUCCUCAGUGAUGAUGAAGGCUGUAUAACACCACCCACCUCACCAGUAACCAUAGAAACCGAAAUUCCAUCACAAGACAUCAGUGUCCCGCUCAGGUCAAGGUUACAACAUCUGAGUACAGAGACACCUUAUCACACAAUGGUAAAUGGAAGUGCAGAAUCCUCUGAAAAGGAUUACCAGAAUGGAGGGCCCAACCUAAAGCUUGACCUGUCUGCCAUUACUGGUGAACCCGAUUCACAGCCAAUUACAGGACUGAACAAUGAUCAGAUAAAGCAAAAGCUAGAUAAACUUCAUAAAGAAAGGGUCCAGGUGAUCGAGUUGCUAUCUCUGAACUACCUCCCAGCCAGUUUCACUAUAGAACUGUUGGAAGCCAAGCUUAACUACUGUAUAGGUCAGACUGACCUUCUGUUGAAGUCAUUGGAUGAGCAAUGGGACAGUGAUGAAGAGAGAGGAAAUACAAUACACCAGCCACAUCUCACUCGGGAGUACAUCUCUAUGUACAGGGAGGAGUUGCAGCAGUCAAAGACAGACGUAGAAAUUUGUCGUGAGAGGUUGGAGAGAAAGCAAGGAACAGGCCGAGGCAGGACAAAGGGUAGAAACCAAGAUUUCUCGAGAAUGAAAAGGAAUGCUGAAAUAGAGGCCUUCAAAGUGGAGAGGAUGCUGGAACUCCAGAAUUACCAAAGGUCUAGAACACUACAUACCCUAAACAAUUCCUUCCAUGGAUCUCCUCCAGAAAGAAGCUCCAGAAGUGUUAGUCCUACAUCAUCUGUUCAUUCCUCAUCACAGUACAUGACUCCAAAACAACACAGAGAUCACCUGGUGCACCUCCGUAAAGAGCUCGUUAAGCAUACAGAGAGUCCCGAGUACCUGGAUAGGGUCAGUAGGUCAAGUUCUCCAUCACUCCAUCACAGAACAACAUCACAUCCCAGCCCUAGACUUCACCACGACUACCUCUCACCAAGGUCAUUAAGUACUCAGGACCACCUUCAUGACUUAGAAUCUUAUAGACAUGACUACUACUCAACGUAUUCACCUCGAGAUUCUGCCCAUUCCUCCAGGCCUCCCAACCACAACAGACAGCUGACCUUCUCUCCUAAGAUUGCCUUCUCUGUGGCAGAUGAGCUACCAUCGUCUGUGGAUUAUGGCUACAGCACCUAUCUUGUACCUCCUCAGACCAGGGAGAGGGACUCCCCCCGUAGUAUUUCCUCGGAUGCCAGACCCCCCAGUAAUACUCUGUACUCUCCUACUCAGCUGUCCACUGGGUCUAUUUCACCGGAGCCCAGAGAGCCAAGAUUUCGACCGCUGAGUGACCAGUCACUGGACUAUCAGCCAGAUUCCAGGAACUACUACUCGGGCAGCGAGAGUCGACAGCUGUUACACGAGAUAGAACAGAUUCGUUUACAAAACAGGGCUGAGAUCAGGAGGGCUCAACACAUACUGGACUCUUACAGCAAAAAGAAAUCUAAUAUCAGGGAGGCCCACAUGAGUGCUGAACGCCUGAGUUCAACACCCAGAUGUCAUUACUCUUCCUACAGCGACUACGCCUCUGAUCUGCUGGACGCCAGACAUCGCAGCAUAUCAGGCACAAUGUCAGGAACUUACGAACUGUACGACGAAGAAGUCAGCGGUUUAACGGCGCGCCACAGACCUCCGUCUCCAAUGUCUGUAGUGUACGAUGUUGAGCCAUAUCAUGGCUUUGAUCCACACAAAAUUCGGCCAAUCCGAUCCACCGAUAUUAAGGCAAAGCUAAAACGCAGUCAUACAACCCGAAGGUGACACGCUCAGGAACCCUGGAUGAAUUGCUUAUCUGUGAUAUUUUAUAUUGGUGCCAAAGACGUACAAUACUUUCAUUUAUUCAUUUGAUUCAUGUGUUUUUAUGUAUAUUCUCUUCUGUUGGAUUUGAUGGUGUAUAGAAGAGAGGAGAGAGCAUUUGACGAAUCGGUGGUGAUGAAAGCUCUCAGAGGAUAGGUUUAGGAGUGGUGCAGGCAUCUUGGUGAAGAGAGCUUUCCUUUUUUUCUGUGGAGUCCUCUCUACUUUGAGUAAAGAUUGAUGAGUAUUAGAAGUAUUUGAUUGUGAUGCUUUGGAUAUUAAUGGUGCUAUAUGGAUUGAGCGGCCGAUCAGGAUGAUGUUGUCAAUCCUCCACUGCUUCGAAAAUAUUAAUGCAUUGUUAAUGAUUAAUGUGUUUUGAUAAACCUUGACUAUAUUUUAUUGUAUUGAGUUGAUAGAGUGUUAUGUAUUUGGGAUACUAGUAUUUUGAAUCUCAUGGGAGAAUCUUCGAUUUUUAUGCCCUCGUAAUCAGAGAUUCAGGGGCAUACAGGUUUGGGUUUUUUUUAAACUCUAGGAGUAUUUAAUUUGUUAUUGUAAAUCAUUGUUUAGAUAGGUGUUUCAGAUUUUUACUUGAUAUUUAUUUUGUGAUGUUUGUGAUUCCUUCCAGAAAUCCUAUGAACUGUAUCUAGUCAACCCGUGUUAACUUAUAGUUUUUAAGACUUAAAAGUUCAUUGUAUUUAAAUUAUAGUCAAUGUCCUGUCAUCCAAGUCAUGCUCUGUGAUUGAUUAUGGAAUGUAAUUAUCAGAUCAUGUCGUUUUCAUGAAAGUUUGUGGUACAUGUAUUAUUUCAAUCUUGUUGAUUAAUGAGCAUUUUGAUAAUAUUGAUUUUUGUUGCUUUGCUAUUUUUGGCAGCUUCUGUUUGCCGUCCAUACAAACCUUCCAGUCUUUAAAAUUUUAAGUAAUGUAUUAUCAAGUAUAUAUUUGCUAGGGCAUUGUCAUUCAUAAAUAUUUAUUUUGUUUACAUUAUCUCAUUGGGUAUUCUACUGCAUAUAAGUGUGGAAAUAUAUCAGUCGAUAGAAAAUUUUAUGCAACUAGUAUUUUAUAUAUAAGUCAAUAGAAGCAAGGGAUUUAUGUUACAGAUUUGAUAUAUAUUAUACGAGUAUGAUAGAAAGGAAAUAAAAUUAUACAUGUAUUUUAUAAAAUUACAGAAUUAGGUAUUACUACCAUAUUAGGGAGACAUGUUUCUCUUUUCUUUCGGAUGAAUAUAAAAUCAAUUUGUUAUAGUGCAUAAUGAAGGAAUUCUCUACAGUAAAAUGUUUUACAAGCCGAGUUUUGUCUUGCAACAUUGUUCCUACUCUUAGGACAAAUAAGAUGUUUAUUGUGUUAUGUGUGCAUGUUGACAGGUUUUGCAUGGUACGGACAUGAAGGUGAAAGCUAGUACACUGUCUUUGUGGUGUUAUGGUAUUUAUAGGGAGAAUGGAUUUUUUUUUAAUUCUCAAACUGUAAUGUCAUGAACACCAUUAACAAAACUUCACCAAAAUAUAUUUAAUUUUGUGUGAAAAUAUAGAUACAAGUUAUUAAACAAUGAAAACAAUAAAA